UGGGUAAGAAGUUACUUCUAAUUAGCCAGUCUCUUCUCGCUCGCCUCACUUGUCCAACCUGCAGCUGAUCCACAUCCUGUCUUCCUCAGGGACCAGAGACCGUCAGGGGGCCCAGAUACUCGUCCCAGCACCCGUCAGGCCACAAAGCGAAAGAACUUUUUUCUUUAUUUUGGGAACUGCUGCUGUUUUGGGGGCAACUUUCACAUGCGUAAUUGCGCACGGUAAUUACGCACGACUCGGUUGGAGCGGUUGUGUCAUAGUCUCGUUUAGUUCUCCUUCAUUUUUUAAGUGCGGGGUCUUAAAACUCAGGGUUGGUUUGAGUUGUUGCUCCUCUUCUUAUCUGCACAGAAGAAGCAGAAAAUACGAUCCGGGUUCUUAAAUCUGCUGCAUCAGGUUUUUACGCAUCACUUUGGCUCCACGGCACAAAGUCAGAGUAAAGACCAGCGAGGAGAAGAAAGAGAGAAAAAUCAAAAACAACUAAGUGACAAACAACCCAGGGUAAAAAAAAAAGAUAAACAAGAGAGGGAGGGAGUGACAGAGAGAGAGAGAGAGAGAGAGAGAGAGAGAGAGAGAGACACCCCCUGGAGACUAGCUAGGAGACCCGGCCCCCGGUCUGAGAGAAGGAGAGAGAGAGUGAGGGAGUGAGGGAGUGUUUUAAAGCCGGCAGGAGACAUGAUGUCCUACAUUAAGCAACCACAUUACGCCGUGAACGGGUUAACGCUGUCCGGCCCGGGCAUGGAUCUGCUCCACACCGCCGCCGUUGGAUACCCCAGCACCCCGCGUAAACAGCGUCGGGAGCGCACCACCUUCACACGCGCACAGCUGGACAUCCUGGAAGCUCUGUUCGCCAAAACCCGCUACCCAGACAUCUUCAUGAGGGAGGAGGUGGCCCUGAAGAUUAACCUGCCUGAGUCCAGAGUCCAGGUCUGGUUCAAGAACCGUCGUGCCAAGUGCCGCCAGCAGCAGCAGCAGAGCACAGGCCAGUCCAAACCACGGCCCCCUAAGAAGAAGGCGUCCCCGGCUCGUGAGGCCAACACAGAGGCCAGUGCCAAUCCCACCAACGGACCCUACAGCCCUCCGCCCCCUCCGCCGGGCACCGCCAUCACCCCCAGCUCCAGCUCAGCCAGCGCCACGGUGUCCAUCUGGAGCCCGGCCUCCAUCUCCCCGCUGCCAGACCCCCUGUCUGCCUCCACCACCCCCUGCAUGCAGCGCACCACCACCUACCCCAUGACCUACACCCAGGCCCCGGCCUACAGCCAGAGCUACGCCGGCUCCUCCUCCUACUUCACCGGCCUGGACUGUAGCUCCUACUUGUCCCCCAUGCACCCGCAGCUGUCGGGCACCGGUGGAGCACUGAGCCCCAUCACGGCCUCCUCAAUGGGGGGCCCCCUCAGCCAGUCCCCCGCCUCGCUCUCCUCGCAGGGCUACACGGCCGCCUCGCUGGGCUUCGGAGCUGUCGACUGUCUAGACUACAAGGACCAAGCUGCCUGGAAGCUCAAUUUCAACGCCACUGACUGUCUAGACUACAAAGACCAGAACUCCUGGAAGUUCCAGGUCCUGUAAAUAACAGGAAGUGGAGGUGGGGUGCGGUGGGGAGGGAGGUGAGGGGAACUCAAGUUUGCUUUUUGGUGUGUUUUUAGAAGAAGGAAGAGAACUUGGGACUCAGAAAUCAAUUAGUCAUAUUUUGACGAACUAAUCACGAAAAUACGUGUGGAGGCGUCAAACUAAUCUGUUGAUGCUAGCCUCAGCGAUCGCAACAAAGAGACAACAGUAGUGUUUUUAAGUUUUAACAACAUAGAAAUCAAUCAAGGAAUGGGCGCAUGUGUAAAAGGAACGCAAGAUUGCGAUAUCUUUACGAUAAAAUCACGACAACAGCUUAAGUUCUCAGAAAUUCUUGAUUUUAAAAACUACUACUGAGGCUACUUAUCACAUGCAGAAUUCGCCCUUUUUGGCCUCGACUUGGACCAAAUUUGAAGCCUUGAAAAUCGACGUGUUAAACCCGAUGAGAUCCCGAGCUUGCUUACGUUUUAUUUCUUUCCUCCUAGACUGAUUUUUUUUGUCUUGUAUUUUCUGUGAUGUCUUUUCUUUCAUGAAGCUGCUUUUCACCACCGAGCUUUGAGCCAAACAACUUGACUUUGCGAUAAUCCCACGCAGACAACUAAAAAAAAACAACAAAAAAACAAAGAGGGGUGUCUUCACAUUCACAGGGGUGGAAACAGACGGUGGAUGAUUCCCAGUAGCCUUGUAUUGAUACCGACCCUCUGCAGCCUGUGGGGGUGAUACAAGUGAAGGGGGGGAGGUAGGACUGCAGUACGAACCUGUUGCCUUUGAGCAUGGUUGUAAUGAUCAGCAGAAUGGCUUGUACAUUGUUAGUUUAAUAGGAUCACUUCCAGACAAUUUGGGCAACAAUAGUCACAUUGUGGCUCUUGGCAGCCGACUACUCCCCCCUCCUCCCUCCCUCCUUCCCUCCUUCCCCCCUUCCUCCCCCAUUCCACCUUGCAGUGUUCGUAUGAGGAUUGAGGAUUGUCGAAGCAAUUCUCAUCUCAUUGUCUUUUUUAAAAUUAUUUGAUUCGGAGAGAAGAGGCUGCACCAGAAAAAGGGAAGGGACUCGGCCGCCAUGCAGCCCCCUUCGCCCUCCCCCCCAACAUCCUCCCCCCCCCCGUCCCCCUUUGCACAGAGAGUUCGGUGCCUCUCUCAACGUCCAACCUGUAAAGAUGUGAUGGGUACCACUUUAUGUGUUUGAUGUAUUUUUUUGUAUUAGACUUAAACAAUAUUAUAAAAUUUGUGAAUUCGUCGAAGUAAAAAUUGUCGUAAUUUGUUUUGAAGUUGAUAUUAUUAUCAGUAUUAUUACUAUCAUCAUUAAUAUUAUGUCUCCAGCUGACACAGACAUUGCUAAUAUUCUUUUUUUUUUUUUUUUUUUGCUGGGUUUUUUGUAAAUAUUAAAACUUGAAAAUGCAAUCAUGUCUGGUAUCAGCGAUGUGUUGUUACGCAGGCACUCCACCCAACAGAAUCUCUCUUUCUUAACUUUCUAGAAAACUGCCAACUUUUUAUUUUUUCUGUUUAUAUUUUUUUCUGGUUUCUGCUUCUUCUGUUUUUUGUUUUCAAACUCAGGGGUUUAUCCAAUAAAAGUAGCAGUAAUAGGAUACAAUUCUGUUUAUGCUUCCUAAUCAUUUACUGUACUUUUAUCUUUUGCAUUACUAUAAUCUUCUCUGCUUAUUUUUCUGACAUGAAUUAUUUUGUAUAUUUCAUUUGUCUCCUGUGUUUGACCAGUCUCACCACUACCAUGCUAGAUAGCUACGAUGUUUCUGAGACAUUAAACAACUUCAUUAAAACUCAUUGCGUUCUGUAAGUCAUUGGAUCUGAGCAUUUAAUCACUAAACAUUGGCUGUAAGUGUUGAAUCAAGGUUGUGCUUUACCUCUGACUGUGUUAUCCUUCUAUAUCGCUGAUGGAGUUGGGGAAAAAAAGGGAGUGUUGGACAUCCACGGAGAGGAGAUCGGGAAUCUGUUUCUGGGAGCGGUCCACUAAUCCAUACAAGAGGUUGAAUGGAUAUAAGGCAGAGAUGAGAGGGAGCAGGGCAGAGAGGACAGAAAACAGAUUAGAACUAACCAUAAUACUGAGUCCUAACCACUCCACCGGCCCCAAACUGAAGUACAAGAGAUUAUUUUUGGAUUGCUGAACGUUUCUGUGUGUUCCUGCCACCAGUAGGCCAGAAGGUCAGCUUCCAUAGGGUUGUGAAAAGUGCACUGCAUGAGGGGUUUUAGGCACGCUAUCAGUGCAUGGUGUGUUGAU